AUGGAUCAACAAGCAAAUGAUGCGAGAUCUAUACAAGAUCCUAAACUUCUUGCGGAUAUGCUAGAUGAGAGGGAUAAACUACUAGAUAUUAGUUUUCGUGCGGUUACUAAGUUGAAACAGAGGAUCAAAAACCUACAAGAGGGGAAUAGAGGGUCGAACCAAAGGCCCAAAGGAGUGAGCCAAACGGACGCUCAACAUACUCAACUGGGGGAAGCAAAUCGCAAAUUGAGGGAAGAGAAGAAGAUGCUGGAUGAAAGAGUAGCUACUCUUUCCAACCAGGUCGCGCAGCUUCAAUCUGACGUUAGGGAGCGCGAGACCCAGAUAUUCAGUCUUCAACCUUUUCGCAUCGAAAUCUCACAAGAUGAAGCAAAACAAAGCUACGAUGUCAUUAUUAGAGAUAUUAAUGCGUUUAUUGACGAUUGGUUGAAUCCACUCCAAAGGGAUAGCAAGCUGCAAAACGAGUCUGUUCUCCGGGCUAAAAGGAAUGGGCAGGAUAGCAGGGACUUUAGGGAAUACUUCAUCAAGUACAAAGAUCUCCACGACAUAGUACUUAAUUUCCCCAAUCUUGAUGUGGAUAAUGAGAUCCUUACCUCCUAUGUCGCCAGAUUCAUCAUUGAAAUGGUAUUUGAAAAGGGGUUCUCCGCCAUUCAUCCUGAGUGCGCCCGCAUGCUAGAUCUCGUGGAAUACUCUAUGAGAAAUAGUACUAACCCAGUGUCAGAUGAAUAUACCACAAUGUCUUGGAGAGCCCAAACCAGUUUUGCUAUGCUCGCGAUCCCAGAAGUCGAACAGGCACAACGCGAAUCUAGAGACCAGCUUACGAAUACUCUAGCACAUUUGUUGGGGUUCAUGUUCGACGAAAAAGACCGCGAGGCCUUUACAAAUUCGAUCGCGACCAGUAUAAUUGAUCCGGCCCUUAAAUUUCAAGCGCGGUUACUUUGUUCGACCAGCGAACGUUUUUCCUUCGGAGUACAUACGGAGGCUCGUGCUGGGCAGAAUUUUCAAGGCGAAAUGUCCAAUCUAAGAAACCUCGAUUGCCUAAACGUAGCUGCGAAUUUCCGUAAAUUCGACGUCGAUAAGCUGAAUCCCAUACCACAUAUAGGGCAACUUCAGAGGGAGCUUUACAUGGCGUGUUCACUCCACCCAGCGUUGUUCGCGACCCGGGUUAGUAGCAGCUCCUCGAACAAGCCUAUUCUCAUAUCCAAAGAACAGAUGCUAGUGUCCUACCAACGAAGCAGAAAUGGCAAAGAUCUAAUGUCAACAACAAGGGGCGGUUCAGCAUCGUUGCUCUAUAAAAUCCUUAACGCUUAA